AUGCACCACAAAGCCCUCCUCUUCAACGACCCCACCACAGCAACCGCCAUCCUGCAAGCCUCCACCCCGCGCAAAGCCAAGUCGCUAGGCCGCCGGGUAACGGGUUUCGACCCCGCCGUCUGGACGGCGGAGAGGUGCCGCGUGGCGCGCGACGCCAACAGGCGCAAGUUCUCCUCGGACGCGCUCCGGCCCCGGCUGCUCGGCACCGGCCGCGCGGAGCUGGUGGAGGCGAGCCCGUUCGACCGCGACUGGGGCAUCGGGUUCGCGGCCGCGGAGGCCGGGGGGAAGAGGGAGCGCUGGGGGAUGAACUUGCUUGGGAAGGUGCUGAUGGAGGUGAGGGGAGAGCUUGAGAUGGAGGAGGGAGGAGGAGAGCGAGGCGAGGGGGGCCCCCAGGGGGGACGCCUUGAAGAAGAGCCUCCUUCAAUUUGAUUAUGUUAGUU